UUCAACAAUUUGUUCCUGUACAGUAUUCACAUUACUAUCAUCGCGGCCGAGCGUCGGUAGGAUCAGCUGUAGUUUGUUUUGGUGUGACUGCCAGAGGGCGUGUUUCUACCAUGACUGUAGGAUACAAUCUAUAAGUAUCAAUGGAGAACUUGACGUAACUUGAGUCAUCCAGUCACGUCAUGCCUGGGCUCCUCUCAUGCUGCUUUGAGAAGGAGGUGUCGUCUAAGUGCAUAGAUGCCAGGUGCUGGUGCGGUUGCUGCGGGGCGCUACGGCCGCGUUACCGCCGCCUCGUUGACAACAUCUACCCUCCCAACCCUGACGACGGGCUCGUCAAGGGCAACAUGGACAAGCUCGUCUGGUAUGCCAUGAACUCCCCUGACAAACUCGACAGGAUCGGCGAGUAUCUCGCGCAUCGUCUUUCCCGGGACAUACAUCGCCGGCGGUACGUUUGAGAAGUUCGCAAAUAUCCGCGAAGACACGCCGUCGUACCACCGACGCUACGACUUCCUAGUGAGCAAGUUCUCGUCGCUGUGCUUCAGCGCCCACGACCAGCCCCACACUCGCACCCUCCUGCGCACUGCCGGCAUCAGGGGCCUCCAGGGCGUGGUGCGCAAGACGGACUGGAACGACCUGGGCGAGAACAACAUUUGGCAGCCGUGCCACAUGGAGAAGCUCGUGCCCUCGCUGCUCUACAACAUACAGAACGCUCCUGCACUGCAGGCGGACGACAGCGACAAGGCAGCGCUGCAGACGAGCAAGGCUGGUGACGACGGCGGCGCUGAAGGCGGUGACGCUCCGGACGCGGUGGAGGGCGCCAGCAAGACGCCCCCCGAGCUCGCUGAGAGCUGCCUCAGGGAGCUGCUGGCCCGCGUCACCUUCAGCAGAGUCGGCAGCGUCAUCAGGCCUCUGCUUGUGCAUAUGGACCAGCACAAGCAAUGGAAGAACGAGCUCAUCGCCCUCCACAUCUUCAAGAUCAUCAUGUACUCAAUUCAAGCGCAGUUCAGCAUCAACGUGAUCGAGAUGUUACGCAGCCACCUGAGCGAACAUCGCACGUCGCCCUCGCGCUGCGGCAUCGCCACCGUCCUGGGCCAGAUCAUCCCCAUCUCUGCGGGCGAAUGUGUCGGGCCGUCGGUGAUCGAGAUGAUCAACUCGCUGCUGGAGUUGGUGCGCCUGUCGAUGAGUGAGCGGGUGAGCCAGCUGGCGGUGGGGGCUGGGGGCGUGAUGGUCGCCCAGGAGGAGCAGCAGCAGUACCAGGACAAGCUGGUGCACGCCCUGGCUGAGUACACGCACCACCUGCCUGACUACCANUGGCAGGUCAUGCCCUUCAUAAUGACCAAGGUGAGCAUCACCUACCACAAGUGGCAGGUCAUGCCCUUCAUAAUGACCAAGGUGAGCAUCACCUACCACAAGUGGCAGGUGCCGGGCAGCGAGAAGGUGGAGGAGGGCCUGCGCCCCGCGUCUGAGGUGCGGCUACAGCAGCUGCUCCUCAACUGCCUCCUUAAGAUCGCGCGUCGUGACACGCACCCCCUGAGCUACGCGUCCCUGAGGACGACGUUCCUGGCGCGCAUGCUGCGGCUGUCGGUGAGCAGCGACGCGACGGUGCGACGUCUCAUCCUGCAGGUGCUGUCCGCGCUGCUGCCCCACUCCAGCCUCCCUCUAGCCCCUACGUUGUCAACUGAGGGGCUGAGUAUGACGUCACGUGAAGGCCCCCCUAACGCACAGGAGUCCAACUUCUGGACGACCUGCGGCCUGGAGAUUCUCUCCUCCGUCCAGGACGGCUGUCAGACAGACUAUACAAUGUCAGCCGUGCUGAACAUGCAGGUCAGGACCGUGCUGAACAUGCAGGUCAGGACCGUGCUGAACAUGCAGGAGUGGGCGGUGACAGUGAGCAGCAGCAGCAUCCUGAGCAGCAGCGUGAGCGGUGACGUGGUCGCCAGCAUGCACAGCACCGUCGCCGCCGUCAUGGUCGUCGCUGCUGUCAUCGUCCCUGAACUUGGUCCUCAUGUUCAGGCCGUCAUCACGCGCCGGCAAGCAGAAGCAGCCUGGAUGCUGCCAAGUGAGGAAGCAACCACCGCUGUCACUCCACAAAAAACUCUGCCACCUCCCCACCUCCUCUUCAACAGGCAGGAGAUCGUCUCGCUCCUCGCGCCCACCAGCUUGAACAAGCAGCGAGUGCUGGGGAGUACGAACAGCACGAGCAGCCUGAGGCGGGCGUCCACGACGGCUUCCUCAUCGUACACGACAUCGCACCUCCCCAUGGCCGGGGACAGCAUCCAAGAGGAGACGGACAGCGCUGCUUCCUCCCCAGGCUUGGCUCGGCGUGAGGCGGGGCAGGGCGUGGAGACGGUGCCGUUCGAGGCGUUCAAGAACGCCGCCGCGGGCCUGGGCUUCAUGUCGGGGCCUGCGAGUGAACGCUUCAGGGGCGAGGAGGAGAGACGGCGUCAGCAGACCUACGCUCUCCUGCACGACUCUUAUGAAGCCCUGCUCGCCAGACCCCAGCCUGAGCCGCUACAGAUGAAGCUCACAGAAAUGUUCAGUCGCCUGCCGCUGUCGACCGCCACGCCGGCCUCCAGCCUGGCCUUCCCCCCGACCUCGACCGUCGCAGCGUGCCACCCCGUCACCGGCCUCAAGCCUCUCACGCUGCAGCUCCCUUACCCUGAUAUUGUUAUUUGUUGAUAUCUCGACAUAUAUCUCUCUUCUCAACUGCUCUUUGAAUGAUAAUAAUUUGCUAGAAUUUCAUUCUUCUCUUCCAAUAUGGCACCUCAUUCCAACGUCUGCCACUGAUUUAAUUAAUGACCACCAGAAAUGUUUCUCUCGCACUGUCGUCUGUCACUCUAACGUUUGGACAAAACCACCAAUUCGAAAUGUGGACAACCUCGCUGCAGUUUCUAGAGCACUCACAUACAGCUUCAACUGAAACUCUUGCUAUUCUUCAUGUUCAAGAUUCGCUAACGAACCUAUCCUAGAAGUCGUUCUUCGUCAGCAUUUAGACCAGCUUAUUGUGUCGUUAUCUGGUUAAAUCCUUUUAUCCGUGAAUACAAACCUUUAUGCUAUAAUAUUACCCGUUCGAAUAAUUUAAUUUCUUGAACUCCCUCAUUGAAUUCAUUCAUGUACUGAUAGCUUGUCUAGCCCUUUAUUUAAUAACGAUUUAUUUUUACGUUUUUUAUAUGACGGUUCGUUAAUGUCUGUUAACUCUCAUAUUUGUCAAUAAAAUACCAUGCUGUAUUCGCUUUAAAUCAUCUAAUUUUGUAGAACAUUUUUAUGAUGACAUUAACAUAAGAAGGACACUUGGUUGUGAAGGUAAAUCGUGCAGGUUCCGAUGUUACAAUACCUCGCUGGUUGUACGCUAAUAAUUGCUAAAUAAUGACUAGUUCUCUUCAGUUGACUCAAUGUUCAGCACACGUUGUUCACGUUACUCAAGUCAAGUCUCUAGGUUGGAAUAAAUUCUCAUCGUCCUAAUUUGGCAAAGAAGACUAUUUAUCAACGCUACGCCAAGCAUUUUAAAAUACGGUGCUAGAAUUUUUAUUUGCGGUGGGUUUUUUUUUAUUUUGCAUUUAGUAGGACCGUAGAUGCGAUGAACUCAAUGCACUCCGCUAUUACUGACCUUGCUUCUGAGUCUAUUCAGAUGAACUAUUGAAGCUCAGUAACAUUUUCCGGUUCUUUCUGUAACAUAACGUUGAUGCUUUCUUUACAUACAUAAUUCCCCUCGCGAAAACACAAAUUUAUGUGAAAUUCAGUGCAUUUGUAUCAAAGUUUAGCUCACUUCUAACGGACUAUGUCUGUUUGCAAGUCUGGUACUGUCACGCCAGGUCCAGUUCUUCCUCUACCUUAUUGGAGUUCAACCAUCAAUUGAUAUUGUUGCUCGAAUAAGUGCAGAAUAUAGUUGGUUUGAAAUAAUGUAUGUGGUGUAGUUUAACAUGUCUGUAUUAUUCAGUGUGUUGAACAUGACUGUAUUGUACUGAACAUGAAUUAUUCAAUUCAUGUACCUAUAAGCGUAGUAGUUAUUUCUUGCAAUAAUGUGGCAGAAAAUGAAAUGUCUAUUGUAACGUAAGUUUGGGUGUAAGGAUGCAUAUCGUAACAUAGGGUUGUGGUUAUCUUCAUGUUCUAUUAGGAAGCUUUUACUGCCUCUGACCAUGCGCAGCAAACUAAUUUUAUUGUUUGUUGGACCUGCAGGGAAUUAUGUGUUGACACUUGAAUACCGACUCUCUGGUAAUGCUAGAAGCAGCAUAAUAACCAUUGGUCGCUGAUUCCGUGCUAUAUUCAUCUCAAUUUUGUCACCUAUUGAGUAUAGUUUAUUUGAGACGUGUCAUUUCUGAAUGCUUAUUCUGUAGUAGUAGUAGUAGUAUAAUGGUUUGCUAGCGCUUCAGCUAUCAAGCUA